AUAGACUCCAACUCUAUAUUCGGUUAGCACUCAGUGUAUGGAAUUUAAUGCAUCCACGUUAUUACAGAUAACUUUCUAUAAGGAGAUAAACAUCUAAUCUGGGCAUUAUGACGUCACCCAUGAGUCCAGAAUUACUCGGUGCUUCACUGAAAGGAAAAGUUGCCGUCAUAACGGGAGCGAGCUCGGGUAUAGGAGCAGAAAUUGCCCGACAUUUCGCUUCGCUGGGAUGUCAACUGGCCCUGACAGGACGUAACAUGGAAACACUUCAACAAGUCACCAAUGAAUGUUUAGCCAGAGGUCUUGGCAGCGAUCAGGUUUUACAAAUUCAAGCCGACUAUGGGAAAGGAAACGCCGUAAAGAAAACCGUUGAACAAAUCAUCCAGAAAUUCAACCAGGUUGAUAUUUUGGUGAAUAAUGCUGCGGUUUAUGCAACGAACACGAUAGAAAACAUGACCUUGGAUAAUUUUGAUCUUACUUUCAGAGUGAAUGUUAGAGUACCCCUUGAACUCACUCAACUUCUUACACCAUAUCUCAUCAAAUCGAAAGGAACUGUUGUGAACAUAUCCAGUGUCAUAGGACGCCGAUCAAUAGUCAACGAAUUGAUUUAUGGGAUGUCAAAAACUGCCUUAGAUCACAUGACAAGGUGUACAGCUGAAGAAUUGGCAUCUCAUGGAGUUCGAGUCAACGCAGUAAACCCUGGUGUUAUUGAGACUCCGCUGUUCAAGCGAGAAUUGGGCAUAACAGAUGAACAAGUAACACAGUACUUUGAGAGUUACAGCCGCUCUCACCCGAUGCGUAGAACCGGUAAACCUGAUGAUGUAGCUCGAUUCAUCACAUUUCUGGCAUCUUCGGACUCGUCUUUUACCACUGGAGAAACAAUCGGUAUUGAUGGAGGGCAUCACCUCAUGGUCUCAGAUAUCGAGAAUUAGAGAUCUUAAGAAUGUAUUUGUGAUGUAUUUUAAUUACGAUGACUACGUACCCAAUCAAGCUUGAUUUGCACUUUCGUUGAACCCCUUUCACAAUUGGUGGAGCGACUGCUCACAACCAUUGCGAUUCUGCGCAACAUGUAUUUUGUUUGUUGUAAUCUUUAUUAUUCAUUCAAAUAAAAUUCAUACAUACAUGAUCAAGAAAAUA